AUGGAGUUGGACGACGUCGUCCUCUACCAGGAUGACUCCUGUAACUCCUCCAUGAUGUCCGAGCGGGUCUCGGGUCUUGCCAGUUCCAUUUACCGCGAGUUCGAGCGGCUCAUCGCCCAGUACGACGAGGACGUGGUGAAGGAGCUGAUGCCGCUCGUCGUCGCCGUUCUGGAGAACUUGGACUCGGUGUUCGCUGUCAACCAGGAGCACGAAGUGGAGCUGGAGCUUCUCAAGGAGGACAACGAGCAACUUGUCACGCAGUACGAACGAGAGAAGUCGCUGAGGAAGCACAUUGAGGAGAGAUACAUAGCAAAUGAAGAUUCUUUGGAUGGGGAGAGGAAGGAACUGCAGGGCCGAGUGGCGACGCUGGAGUCGUACUCACGUCAGCUUGAACUAAAAAUGAGAAACUCUGCAGAUCAAAUCAACAGAUUUGAGGAGAGAGAAGCAGAGCUCAAGAAGGAGUACAAUGCGCUCCACCAGAGACACACUGAGAUGAUCCACAGUUACAUGGAACACUUGGAGCGAACUAAAAAUCAGCAUACAGUCACAGCGGAGCCUUUGGAUUCGGCCACGGGCACAUCUGUUAGGAUUCGGAAGGAGCGUCCAAUCUCCAUGGGACUUUUUCACGUCCCAGGGACUGAUGCCACGAGCACUGACCUCCAGAGGGACCCGGUGGAUGACCAGACUGAAUCUUGGAAAUACAAUAACCUCUGCCAUCCAAGGUCCAACACCAGUCUCAAGGAUGAACUGGCUAACACGGACAACGAAGGAUCGAGAUCCGGCACCGUUGCGAAAACCAACAGCACCGUGUCUCGCACGGGUACACCUCAGGAAGAAUGUGGCCUUAAUAAGAAUCUGGACUGCGAUGUCUCAACCGUGCAGGGUCAAGUAGAAAUGACCAAUCAAGAGUCUGAAACAGCGCUUCUUGAAGGUGGCAAAAUUACUCUGGAAAAGUCUGAAGUCUUGGCGAUUAUAGAGUCAACUCCUGAGUUGGAUAUGGAACUUGAAGGCUGCCAAGCAACAAGCACACCCACUAAAGGUGGCAUAGAGAAUCUAGCGUUCGACCGAAACACGGAUUCUCUGUUCGAAGAGCUGUCCUCCGCAGGAAAUGAAUACAUAGGAGAUGUCGAUGAAGGAGCAGACCUUUUAGGUAUGGGUCGUGAAGUUGAACAUCUUAUCCAGGAGAACGCACAACUUCUGGAAACAAAAAAUGCUCUUAAUGUGGUAAAGAAUGACCUGAUUGCUCGAAUGGAUGAGCUGGCCUGUGAGAAGGAGGUCCUACAAGGGGAGCUUGAUGCUGUCACCCAGGCCAAGAUCAGACUAGAGGAGAAGAACAAAGAUUUAGAAGACCAACUGAAGAAGGCACGAGCUGAACUUGAGGAGAGCAAGCUAAAGUCCAAAACGGAGAAUGAGGACGAUAGUGACGUGCCCACGGCACAGAGGAAACGUUUCACCAGGGUGGAAAUGGCCAGAGUCCUGAUGGAGAGGAACCAAUAUAAGGAGAGGCUGAUGGAGCUGCAAGAGGCUGUCAGAUGGACAGAAAUGAUUCGGGCCUCGAAGGAAAACUCACCACUCCCAGAGAAGAAGAAAUCAAGCCUGUGGCAGUUUUUCAGCCGUUUAUUCAGUUCGUCGGGCGGAGCGUCGAAGAAGCCUGCUCCCGAAGCCCCCGUCAACGUCAAGUACAAUGCGCCCACCUCGCAGAUUCAACCGUCUGUCAAGAAAAGGAGUAGUACUUUGCAACAGCUGCCCAGUGACAAGAGCAAAGCUUUUGAUUUUCUCAACGAGGAAUCGGCAGUGGAUAACGUGGUGUCCAGGCGGGAACAGAAGCGGGCGCAAUACCAGCAGGUUAAAGCCCAUGUCCAGAAAGAGGAAGAGGGCAGAGUACAGGCUUAUGGCUGGAGCCUGCCUAAGAAGCUAAAAAACAAUGGUGGUCAAGAAAAGGUGAAGAACCUACCAGUUCCAGUCUUUCUUAGACCUCUGGAUGAGAAAAAUGCCUCCAUGAAGCUUUGGUGUGCUGCUGGCGUACACUUAUCUGGAGGUAAAACCAGAGAUGGAGGUUCCAUCGUAGGAGCCAGUGUGUUUUACAGCAAUGUGUCAGGACCGGAAAGCCCCAAAAAGAAAAUUGGAUCACAGAGCAGCCUUGAAAAACUGGAUCAGGAGCUCAAGGAACAGCAGAAGGAACUACGACAACAGGACGAGUUGUCGUCAUUGGUGUGGAUUUGCACCAGCACCCAGUCGACGACUAAAGCCGUUGUCAUUGAUGCCAAUCAGCCUGGAAUCAUUCUUGACAGCUUUUAUGUGUGCAAUGCACAUAUCCUUUGCAUCACUAGUGUACCAGGUGCGAGGGAAACAGACUAUCCAGCAGGUGAGGAGUUAACCUUGAGUUCGGAGUUUGCACCAGUGGAAAAGGCCUGUUCGUCCGACAGCAGUAGUAACACAACAGGCAGCGACGGCGUGCUCGGAGGCAUAACUGUUGUAGGCUGUAUAGCCGAGGGGGCAACAGCUAUCCCCCAGACAGCCGAUAGUGCAGGAAAAGAAAAUGGAGAGGCGGGUAAGACAAUGAAGGUUUUUCAAUCCACUGAGGAGAGUGAAAGCAGUCAUACAGGAGCAUACAGUGAACAUGUCUUCACUGAUCCGUUGGGGCUGCAGCAAACAGCAGAAUCUUCUGCUAACUACUCUGAAAGAGAGUGUGAACUGGUGAAAGAUGGCAAAAGUUGUAACUCUACUGCCGAAGAGCAGAAUCUGAUGAGAGAAGACGCACAAAAGAUGAGUAGCGUCUUGCCUACGAUGUGGCUCGGGGCACAGAAUGGAUGUGUGUAUGUCCAUUCAUCCGUGGCACAGUGGAAGAAAUGUCUUCAUUCCAUAAAAUUGAAAGACUCCGUACUCGGCAUCGUACACGUCAAAGGUCGUGUCCUAGUGGGACUGUCGGACGGCACGUUAGCUAUCUUCCAUCGCGGAGUCGAUGGACAAUGGGAUCUGACCAACUACCACCUGCUCGACUUGGGAAAACCCAACCACUCCGUCCGCUGCAUGACGGUGGUACAUGAUAAGGUGUGGUGUGGUUUCAGGAACAAGAUCUUUGUGGUGCACCCCAAAGCAAUGAAGAUAGAGAAGUCAUUUGACGCACACCCCCGUAAGGAGAGCCAGGUGCGUCAGUUGGCAUGGGAUGGUGACGGCAUCUGGGUGUCUAUAAGACUGGACUCCACGCUUAGGCUCUUCCACGCCCACACUUUCCAGCACCUGCAAGAUGUGGACAUUGAGCCAUAUGUCAGCAAGAUGUUGGGCACGGGGAAACUGGGCUUCUCAUUUGUGCGCAUCACGGCUCUCAUGGUGUCAUGUAAUCGUCUGUGGAUCGGUACUGGCAAUGGAGUGAUCAUUUCAAUCCCUCUAGCAGAGACUAACAUGCUACCCAAAGGAGAUGGUAGCAAACCAGGAAGUGCAAUUCACGUCUACGGUGAUGAGAGCAGUGACAAAGUUGCAGCAGGCACAUUUGUUCCAUAUUGCUCCAUGGCCCAUGCCCAGCUCUGUUUCCAUGGACACCGCGAUGCUGUAAAGUUCUUCACUGCCGUCCCAGGUCAUACCCUUCCAUCUACAUCAAGCUGUGGCGAUACACCAGGUGACAAGAGCUCAGAAACUACACCAAACGGUGGAACCAAGUCCAUGUUGGUGAUGAGUGGAGGAGAAGGCUACAUUGACUUCAGGAUGGGAGAUGAGGAGGGCGAAUCGAAUGAAGGAGACGAGGCACCCAUGAAACUUCAGUCGCCCCAGUCGAUAGCUGAGCGCAGCCACCUCAUCGUCUGGCAGGUCCUAGACAACGGGGAAUGA